AGGUCAUCACCCGCAGUUCGUUCAAUGGUUGUGAGCGUGAUGAGCGCCGAGUUCCACUUGGCUGACCCGCUGAGGGUUCUGUCAUGGAGCUAUCCCUCAUUCAAUUCUUCACACCAUCGAUCCAUGGCCACUAAGGAUCAGAAUGCAAAUAGAGGCUGUUUCGAGGAGAAGAGUGGAUGCAGCGGCAUUAUGUAUUCCAUUCCUUUCGGUGCACUUAAGUUGACGUUCUCAUCGCCAUCGAUUGCCUUUGAACAAGUUUACACUGCUACAGCAUGUCUUUCUGGGCCUGCGUUUAUGCUCUAAUCCCUGCGUUUCUGUUGGUUUGGAAAUUCUCGUUGUCUUCCAAAAACCGGUACCCUCCCGGGCCUCCAUCAGUUCCCGGAGUAGGUCACGUAUUCCAGGUACCUACAACAUAUACUUGGAGGUACUUCGAAAAGUUGUCCCUAAUAUAUGGACCUCUGUUCAGAUUGUCACUCGCUGGAAACGAUGUUCUCGUACUAAACAAAUCAGUUGACGCGGAGGAGUUGCUGGGCAGACGUUCGCACAACUACUCUUCGCGGCCUCCACUCGUAUACGCCGGAAAAUAUCAAUCAAACAAUAAGCGCCUUGUUUUACUUCCUUAUGGUCCAGUUCUCAAGAGACAGAGGGCGGCAUUCCAUCAAAUGUUACAACCCCGAGUCGUUGGAGCGUACGAAAAUAUGCAAGAGUUUGAAUCUCUUCGGCUACUGCAUGAUAUCGUGGACAAACCGACCAAGGCAUUUCGUCAUAGUCAGCGUUUUGCUGCAGCAUUAGUGUUUACCCUGAGCUAUGGAAGACGUCUUCAAGACAAUGACAACGAUUUGGACAGUGUCAUCACUGUUCUAAACGGCUUCGUAUGCGAUACCUAUCCUGGAGCUCAUCUUGUGGAUACUUUCCCUUGCUUGGAUCUGCUUCCAGAUUUCUUAUCCCCUUGGCGCGCGCAGGCGCGCGUUAAGCAUGAAUUCGAGAUGAAACUGUAUACUCGUCUUGUGUUGGAGGUCAAGGAGCGCAUGGAUUCUGGUAAACAAAACCUCGAAUGCUUCGCCGCCAGAUUGUGGGAACGCCAGAAUACAGAGACGCUGGACCUCGAAGAAAUGUCCUAUAUCGCCGGUACGGCGUUCGAGGCGGGUACUGAUAGCACGGCGGGUACCAUCCAGUGGUUCUUCAUGGCGAUGAUCCUCUAUCCAGAUGCUAUGCAUCGGGCGCAAGUGGAGUUAGACAGUCUCCUCGGACCAGAUGGACAGACGGUCCCUGGAUUCGCCCACAUCAAUGAACUUCCCUAUUGCUUUGCUCUCACCAAAGAGGUCUUACGAUGGGCUCCUGCGGCUCCCGGUGGUUUCCCGCACUACUCUGAUGCCGAUGAUGAAUAUAAGGGAUUCAAGAUCAAUGCGAAAACGAUGGUUAUACCCUGCAUUUGGUCAAUGCAUCACGACCCAGACGAGUUCCCUGAUCCUUACGUAUUCAGACCAGAGAGAUUUCUGCCUAACGGAGGUGCCAUUGAGAAUGAUUCCCUUACCGAAGGCCACUAUGGGUUCGGCUUCGGUCGUAGAAAAUGCCCAGGGCAAUAUCUAGGUUCAAAGACCAUCUGGAUAGGGCUGACUCGUCUAUUAUGGGCUUUCGACAUUCAACCUGGUCUUGACAAACAAAGGAAGCCAAUUAUUAUCAGCCCUGAUAAUUGUACCUCAGGAAUGACCUCGAAACCGAUAGAUUUCGAGAUGCGAUUAACGCCACGAUCCGAUGGUCACGCCCGUACCAUCAGAAGGGAGUGGGCGAUGAUCAGUUAGGUGACGGGUCAGCGUUGAAUCAAAAGAAGAGUAUUGAAUAUGGCUUUUACGCUUCAAGUCUGGGCCAGAGUACCCACAUAAUUUGAAUGAUGUCCAUCAUGCUUUACUUGCAAUGCAGG